GUUGAACAUGAAUUCCUAUCUGUUAUGUGUCUGUAAUCAAAGGAUUACAGGUCUCUUUAAAAUUAAGAGCAACUAAGAUUGGCAUUUCAGGUAUGUCUAAUUAAGGAAUACUUAUAAUAAGUGGGCGUGCCCACAAUUUCCUUCCCUUAAUAUCCAUGAAUAUAAAUAUGGCUACUUUUUAUUCUUCCAAAUUUUCUUAGCACUAUUUCUGUGUUAAAUUACAUAGUUGAAGAUUAAUGUCUUUGUGUCAUACUGUUUUACCUUUCUGCAGAAGUAAAUGUACCACUAGCUUGAUUUUUAAGUAAUGUCCGUUUAACAAGCAUGUCUUUUGAGAAAUCUUAAAAAUUUUCGAUUAUGAAUUCAGUGCCAGAAAUUAGUUUUUUUCUUUAAGUGAACUUUGCCUUGAUCAGGCAUUGAGAAUUAUGUGAUACAGUGUUCAUCUUUUUUUCUUUAGUUAAAGGUAAAUUCAUUAAAUUAAAAUGUUUAAUAGCUUUAACAUCAUUUAAGAUGCCUGGUAGUUUUUAUUUUUGAAUGUUGUGUUCUAUUUUUUCAUUGCCUUUGUCUCUAUGAGGGUACAGUAGUGAUUACAGGCAGAGAUUAUGGGAACAUUUUCAAAGAGGUAUGUAACCCAGAGAAAAUGACUGUGUUGAAUCUUCAAUAGUACUUGGCAUAUAUUGUUAGGCACCAAAAGUUUAAAUCAGUGAAGUUAACUAACAAAAAUUAAGCAUACUUUUAUUGGUCUCUGGCCUUUAACUUAGCCCAGACUAGUUGUAAGUACAUAAUAACUUGAUUUUUUAAAUUCAGCUGGUUAUAUUUUUUCACAAGAACUUGCAUUUAAUACAUUUAAUACUUACAGCUUAACUAACACUCUUGAUUGAAAAGAACUGAUGAAGCAAAAUAUAUGCAAUAAACAUAACAGACAACCAGUUAUCAUUUUAUAAAGUACUUAUAUAAAGUCAGACUAAUCCCAGAAACUGGAACAUAAAUUGACAUGUCAUAAAAGAAAAUAAAGUUUAUAAAUAGACAUGGGGAAAUGUUCUGUAUACCUAAGUAUAGAGGUAAUACAAACUAAUUCAGAAAUAAUUCCAGGAUUAGAAAAAAUACUAUGAAAGUGGAACUUUUAAAAGAUUUUAUAAUUAUUUUAGAAAUGAAUUAAAGACGUUUAUAAAGCUAUCACACAUUUGUGAUUCUGUUUUAAGGUAGCCGUUAAUUUUUCUGUCAUUUGUUUAUUGAAGUGUAGUUUUUAAAUUAUGACAAACUAUAAUAUAACCGUCGCUGCAGUAAAGAUAGAACAGAAACUUCCUUCAUGCCCUUCUGCCAUCAGCCCCUCUCAUCACCCAGCCCUUGGCAACCACUGGUCUGUUAUCUGUACUUAGAGUUUUUUUGGGUUUAAUUUUAUAGUGAAAAUUCUGUAGCAGUACAGAUGUCCAUCAACAGGAAAGUGUUUAUAUAAAAUUGUGACAUGCCCCUUUAAACUUUCAUCUUAAAGCCAUUAGGAUUGAUUCUGCAGUAACUGUAUUGCUCACAUAGACUGUGUAGUGAUCUAACAUGACAGAAUAACAAAGAUGUAGGAGUUCUAAAAGCAGGGAACAGUUGUACUGGUUACAACUUUAUCAAAAUAUAGUAUGUAAGGAGCUUGAAGACAUGGCACAAGAAUUACAGCUCAUUUAAAAUUAUGCUUUUUUUUAAGCCUCCUUUUCUGUAAACUUUUAAAUAAUGCUCUUGGCCGUUGUUCAAAAAGUGCUUUUUAGGGAUUCCAGAGCAUGUUAAGUGUGGUUAACUUGUUAGAGCAAUUAAGGAGAUUCCCCCCCUUCUAAGAUUUUGCUUUUUAAAUGUAUUUUCCCCUCAGAAGCUAAGUUUGAAUUACUUUUUCUGAUAUCAGGUAUUAAAAUUUUUUUAAUCUACCUUAGCAUUAACAGUGUGCUAACUGCUUUGUAUCUGGGAUAUAAAGAAAAUAGAGGGUCUGUGUACUUUAGGAAUAGACUUCUUUGUGUUUAGGUAAGAAAACCUAUUCGUGAAGCAGCAGUGUUAUACUGUUAUAAGGUAUUGCGUAAUAUUAUAAUAGGAGCUGUAAUAUGAGUACCUGCCAGGAUGAGUGAUAUAAUUAUUCACCACGCAUUCUCAAAUGGUAAAUUGAUACGGCAUAACCAAGGAGUCCUUCCUGAGCAGUUGAAAUUACUGGUGAAUCUUGAAGAACAAGAAGUUAGAAAGCCUUUUACAGAAAAAAAUCUGCCAACUCCUGGGCUAGAAUCACAGUACAGCAUUCAUACUGGACUUGAUGAGAAAUGGAGCUGGAGAGGAGGUAACACCGCACUGCAUGAUUGUGCAGAGUCCGGAAGUUUGGACAUCAUGAAGAUGCUGCUUAUGUAUUGUGCCAAGAUGGAAAAGGAUGGCUAUGGAAUGACUCCUCUUCUGUCAGCAAGUGUGACUGGUCACACAAAUAUUGUGGAUUUUCUGACUCACCAUGCGCAGACCAGCAAGACAGAACGGAUCAAUGCUUUAGAGCUUCUGGGAGCUACAUUUGUAGACAAAAAAAGAGACCUACUUGGGGCCUUGAAAUACUGGAAAAAGGCCAUGAACAUGAGGUACAGCGACAGGACUAAUAUAAUUAGCAAACCAGUACCGCAGACACUAAUAAUGGCUUAUGAUUAUGCCAAGGAGGUAAAUAGUGCGGAAGAGCUAGAAGGUCUUAUUGCUGACCCCGAUGAGAUGAGAAUGCAGGCACUACUAAUUAGAGAGCGCAUUCUUGGUCCUUCUCAUCCUGACACCUCUUACUACAUUAGAUACAGAGGUGCUGUCUAUGCAGACUCAGGAAAUUUCAAACGCUGCAUUAACCUGUGGAAGUAUGCUCUGGAUAUGCAGCAGAACAAUUUGGACCCUUUAAGCCCGAUGACUGCCAGCAGCUUAUUGUCUUUUGCAGAACUAUUCUCUUUUAUGCUCCAGGACAGGGCUAAGGGUCUGCUGGGCACCACUGUUACAUUUGAUGAUCUUAUGGGCAUACUGUGCAAAAGUGUCCUUGAAAUUGAGCGAGCUAUCAAACAAACUCAGUGUCCAGCUGACCCAUUACAGUUAAAUAAGGCUCUUUCCAUCAUUUUGCAUUUAAUUUGCUUGUUAGAAAAAGUUCCUUGUACUCUAGAACAGGACCAUUUCAAAAAGCAGACUAUCUACCGGUUUCUUAAGCUGCAUCCAAGAGGAAAGAAUAACUUCAGCCCUCUCCACCUGGCUGUGGACAAGAAUACCACAUGUGUAGGUCGGUACCCUGUGUGCAAAUUCCCAUCUCUGCAAGUCACUGCGAUGCUGAUAGAAUGUGGUGCUGAUGCAAAUGUCAGAGACUCUGAUGACAACAGCCCCCUGCAUAUCGCUGCUCUGAACAACCAUCCAGACAUCAUGAAUCUCCUCAUUAAAUCAGGUGCACAUUUUGAUGCCACAAACUUGCAUAAACAAACUGCUAGUGACUUGCUGGACGAAAAGGAAAUUGCUAAAAAUUUGAUCCAGCCCAUAAAUCACACCACAUUGCAGUGUCUUGCUGCUCGUGUCAUAGUGAAUCACAGAAUAUCUUACAAAGGGCAUAUCCCAGAAAAGCUAGAGACCUUUGUUUCACUUCAUAGAUGAUAACUUGACUGCAUUUUAGCACUGUUAAAGCACGAAUUGGGAACAGUUGUUUCAUAAAUGAGCACUGUUGUGAGAACACCAGCAUUCAUACAGCUUGAUAUCACCGUGCUCUCAUUGGCUAAAGCAUUAUAAGUAUCAAAUUUACAGGAUUGGUUUCCCAGUAUUUAAUAUAAAUACAUCAUAUAAUAUAUUGUUUGUGAAUUAUUGAGAAAUGUAAUGUCAUAUUCAGAUUCCUAAAAUGGUCUGCCAAAGGCUUUUAUCCAUUCUGGUUUUGUUUGCUGUUGGGUAUUUGGGACAGUUAACCAUUUUUCAGUGGUGUCUUUAUACUUUACUGGUUUGUGAAUUUUAUACAGUUGAAGGUCUUUUUUUCUGCUUCCUUCUCUCUCCAAGCCUCUCUCUUCUCUGUUUCUACUGUAUCUUUUUCCUAACCAUUUCUACUUUUCCAUUUUCCCCCUAUGGACCCAUGCUAGAUUGUACAAACUUUAUGGACUUCUUACCAUUUUGCAGUUACCAUAAGUGCUUUAUCUUCUCUAUGCACCGGCUUAAACUUGACUGUUGUAUGUUAGCAUAUUUUCUAUGCAGCAGUUGGUCAACUUCAACUCAAAACGCUGUUAAAUUUGUUACAAAGUCCUUUUAAUGAAAGUACUCUUGUAGCAUGACAAUUUUCAGAAUUACAGUUUAGCUACCUGAGCUAAAGCUUUUGGUUAGUUUUUUUCCUUCACAUCUGAGAUUUCUUUCUCUAAUCCACUGAAAUUAUUGUGUGCUAAAUUUGGGAAACAAAUCUGUUCUAAUUCAUUAACCCAGUUGAAAUUUAGGUCUGUCAUCUUAAUAUAUCAUGCAGUAAAAGGAAGAACCUUUAUAAAGUGACCCACCUUUCAUGCUGCGCCAGCGUUGUCCUGCCUGUGCUGAUGAUGUGGUUAGGUGUAGAGAAUUUGCUUCAAUUCAAUUUCAGAGUUUAUCACACAGCUUACUGAGUCACACUGAAAUAUUCAGUAAUUGAACUGCAAACACUUUUAGUUACAAAAAGAGCUAAAGCAUGUCAGUGGCAUGAUGCUUGCCAAGCCAGAUCUAGGCAUCUAGGAUAAUUAAGGCAUUUUAGUAUGCAAUUUACUGCCAUAGUAUCACAGGUUGAUAACAGUGUUCUUUCUUUCUUUAAGCUUAAGUAUACCUUUAAAGAUAACUUGCAUGAAUUACUUUGGUCUCAAUUAUUUGUCACUAUAGUCAAACACAGAAAGUUGCAGUGCUUCCCAGUUCCCUUCCUGGAGGUUAGCUUUUCUUUUUUAUGUUUUCUUAACAGCUUUGCUGCCACAGAAAGGGCUCUUUUAACUUAAGAUAAGUGAAAAAGUACUAAAAAAGAUUCAGGUAAUUAUCAUUCAGCACUUUACUGUUAUUCAGACUAAAACUUUUGAUGGCAUAUUUGCCCUGCAAAUGUCUUAAUGAGAUUGUUCUGAAUAAAAAGUUCCUUAAUGGUUUGAGAAAAACUCAGUUUACCUGUGAGUUUAAUGAGCUGGAUCACUCAGACCAUUCUGUGUUGACAUUUUAUUCUGAGAGUUGAUGUAAAGGUUGAUUUAAGGAGUCAUUGCAAAGAGUCACAUUAGGUUUAUUUCACCUUUAUGCAGUAAAAAACUUGCAAUGAAGGGUAGUAAAUAAACAAAAAAGUAUUAGUCUUAUUUUCUGGUUUAAUAAUUGAUAUUUAAUUUUUAAAAAGAUAUCCUUACUCAUUUUACUAGGUUUUAAAUUUAAUUCCACCAUUGGAAAAGGUGAAUUGGAUAUAAAUGGUCACUCUCCAACCUUUUGAUGAAGAGAUUUUAGUAUCUUAUUUACCAUGGGCAAAUUUAAUGAAAUAUUUGAACUGCUGCAUAUAUUAAGAAUAAUUUGUGAUUUAGACAAAUAUUCUAGAAAUAACAGACAUCAAUAUUCUGAAAUCAUUUGCCUCUAACCUUGUGAUAUAAAGAAUUAUAUAUGCAUGAGCUUUUUUUUUUAAGGAAAAGUUUACAAGUACAGUAAAUCUCUAUUGAUCUCAAUAGUUUGUGAGUAAAAGUUAAGAAAUUAGAUUUUUAAAGUGAUUUAAUAUUUCCCCCUGUUUUUUGGGAAGGGUUUUACAUGCUGUUACAGUAAGGCACAUCUCACACUGUUUUGCAGGUGGACUUGAAUUGCACAACUAGUGUAAAAUAAGGAUUUCUUUACAUAGCAUUUUCCCACCAUUAAAUAUAAAUAACUUAGAACUAUUCUUCAGUCUUGGUGACUGAAAUGCCUUAUUUCAUUUAGAACACAAUUCUCUGCUGUUUGCCAUCUCCCUAGGAGGUCUUGAAAAAUCAGUUUGUGUAAUAGCUCAGAAUUGUCUGUGAUGUUAUUUUAGAGAGGUUGGCUAGUAAACGUGACCUCAGACACUGUUAAGACCUUUGUCAGAAAGUAUUCUCAAAGUGGUUGUAAGACUGAAUUUAACAAAAUACUUAAAUUGUGUUAUUUUUUUAACCAUGGAUGAGUAAUUUAAUACUUAAUGAACUAAUUGUACUCAUGUGAGUCAUACUAAGCUGUACACUGUAGCAUGGUGAUGUUGGCUGGAGUUAAUAUGUAAGUUUCAAUUACAUUUCCAUAAAAAUGCCCUGUUAAAGGCCUGUUGAUUUUAGAUGGUCCACUGUUGAUCAUUUCUAUAAAAGAAAUGGUCCGUUUACUCACAUUAGAUACCAGUCUACUUUGUAAAGGUAGAUUUUAAAAAGUCAUUUUUUUAACCAUAAAUAUGACAGGGCAUAAGCCCAAAUCAGCAAAAGGUAAUUUCGUGCCCAUUAUGAUUUUGAAGUUAAGUGAUUGCUCACUUGUAAAUGACUUCCUUAGAGACCCCCCCUCUACUGUGACUUGGGAAAAUUGUCUGGGUUAUCUUUGAAAAGGUAGCUCUUUAAAAUUCUAUUGCCCAGCAGAAAAGUUAGGUUAUAUUUUACAGGUAUAGUAAUCCUUAUAAUUAGUUUUCUUAGAGUUGUGGGCCAGAUCAGGUAGUGACCGUGUUCCUGUGCACUGGAACGGCAGCAGUACCGCCUGGGACUCUGACCGUCCCAGAGUGGGAUACUGAGGGAACGAAAGUCAAGUGCUUGUCAUCUUUUUUUUUCACCCUCACGUAUCACUAAACAACUAGUUUCUCCCUCUUGUCAGUUCCCAUUGUGUAUCUUUUGAAAGAAGUACUGUAUUCAGAUGCCAGCCAAUAAAUUGUCACCUAAUGGAAAAUGAUAUGCCACAACAUUCAUUGUAAGGUUUAAUAAAAUUAAAUUUGCACCAAAUACAA